AUGGGACCCCAGGAGGCAGGACAGAGGCCGGGGGAAGCUGUGGGAGACCCAGGAGACAGGAGGGAGGCCGGGGAGCAGAGGGUAACACUGGAGACAGUAGAGAUGGAAGGUGGCGAGGAGCAGGGGAUCCAAGAGGAGAACGCAAUAGGAGAGUCCAGUAACAAAAGAAGCAGGGGGUCCAAGGGAAUACAAAGAUCAGAUAAAUUCAAUAUCAGAGUUCAAUAUCAAAGUGAGCUGAUGAGAAACAAUGUUGGAGUCAGUGGACAACCUGGUGACGAGUGGAAGAAAACCAGAGGCUUUGGAAGGCUGAGUAAUGAGGUGGAGAUUGGGAACAGACCAGAUCGAUCUCUUAUUGAGAAUGUCCUCAUGGAAAGGAGAAACGGACACGGCAACCACAGACUGUUAAGCAGCUUAAGUCAAGCAGUAAUGGAGAACAUGCAGUCAGUGGCCGAAGGAGUCUCUACAUUACCAGUGUUGAACUUGGUGCUGUGUGGAAGUGAUGAACUAAAAUCUUCAAUAUCAGAUCUUAUUCUGAAGCAGACAGAACUGAUAUCAGAUCCCAGAUCAGAGUGUUUAAUGAGGAAGGGUGUGGUGAGUGGAUACCAGGUCACACUGGUAGAGACCCCGACUCUAUAUGACACUCAGCUCUCAGAAGAGGAAGUGAUGCGAGAGACUCUUCAGUGUGUAUCUCUUUGUAAUCCUGGAGUUCAUGCUUUCAUCAUCAUCAUACCUGUUGGUCCACUUCAGGAUGAAGAUAAAGCAGAAAUCAAGAUGAUCCAGAGGAUCUUCAGCUCCAGAAUGAAUGACCACACCAUCGUCCUCUUCAGCAACAGUAACAGUGAUGAAACUGCAGCAAUAAACUUUAUUAAACAAAGUUCAGAAACAGAAGAACUUCUCAGCAUGUGCAGUGGUAGAUACAUCAUGUUACAGAAAACAGAGAGUGAAAGACUCCAGCAGGUACCAGAUCUGUUGGAUCAAGUAAAGAAGAUGGCGACUACCAAUGAGUUUUAUUCUCUUCUGAUGUACGUUAAAGCACAAAGAGAUGAAGCUAAACAAGAACUGGGGAAAAAACUGGCUGAACAGGAGAAGAGAAUCAAGCAGCUAGAGAAACAUCUACAACAAAUAUGUGCUGAGGGUGAAUCACCUGAUCCUGGGAGUCUAAGAAUUGUUCUUAUUGGAAAAACAGGAAAUGGGAAAAGUGCAUCAGGAAACACCAUCCUUGGAAGAAAAGCAUUUCAGUGUAGUGCCAGCAUGAAAUCUGUGACAAAAAUUUGUCAAAAGGUAGUUGGAGAAGUUGAGGGCAAAUCCAUUGCUGUUGUUGAUACUCCAGGACUUUUUGACACCACAUUGUCGAAUAAAGAGGCAAUUGAAGAAAUAGUGAAAUGUAUCUCACUCUUUGCUCCUGGACCUCACGCCUUUAUCAUUGUGUUAAGUGUAGGAAGAAGCGCACAGGAAGAAAUGGAGACUCUGAGUCUGAUCAAGAAAAUGUUUGGUUCUGAUGCUGCAAAGUUCACCAUAGUGCUGUUUACACGUGGAGAUGAUCUGGAAGAUCAGACUUCUAUCAAAGAAUAUAUCAAAAACAGCGAUUAUAAAAGCAUGGAUAAACUAAUCAGUGACUGUGGUGGAAGAGUUCAUGUGUUCAAUAAUAAAGAAAAGAACGAUCGUACACAAGUCUAUGAUCUUAUCAGAAUGAUAGAAGAAAUGAUAAAGUCUGACAGAAACAAUUACUUUACAAACGAGAUGUUUGAGGUGGCAGAAAAUUCCAUCCAACAGAAACAACAAGAAAUACUGAAAGAGAAGGAGGAACAGAUGCAGGCUGAAAAAGAAGCUCUGAAAUACAAAUAUGAAGAAGAGCUGGAGAAAAUAAGGAAGAGUAUGGAGACAGAGAAAGAAAAGCUGGAACAGGAGAGAUGUGAAAGAGAAAAAGUGUUUAAGGAAAGAGAAGAAGCUCUGAGACAAGAGUUUAUGAAAAAAGAAGAAGAAGAAAAGGAAAAACGGAGGCUGGAGGAUCAGAAAAGAUCAGAAGAAAAUGAACGUCAAAAGGCAGAGAGUGAUCGCAUGUUGGAGGAGAUGAGGAAGGAAAUGGAAAACCAAAAUACUACAUUUCUCAAGCAGCAAGCUGUAAAAGACGAGGAGGACCAGAGGAGAACAGGAAGAGAAAAAAUCGAGAGGGAACGUUUUGAACAUGAACAAAAACAAGCAAUGGAGAAACUAAAAAUCAGACAGCAAGAAGAGAUUAAAAAGAGAGACGAGGAAGAACAAAAGAGAAGAAAAGAACAAGAAGAAGAACAGGAAACCUGGAAGAGGAAAAUGAGGGAGGCAGAAAAUGAUGAAAAGGAGAUAAAAGAUGAUAUUCACAGAAAACAGAGAGAACAAGAAAUGGAAUUGAAAGAGAAGAUGAAAGCAAGAGAAGAAGAACACAAGAGAACAAAAGAGAAACAUGAUAAAGAAGUAAAAGAACAGGAAGAAAAACAAGAACAAAUAAGAAGAAACUUUGAGAAGGAAAGAGAAGAUGAAAGACGUAAAAGAGAAGAGGAAAGAGAACAGUGGAAAGAAGCAGAAAGAAGAGAAAGAGAGCAGAGAGAGCGAGAGUAUGAGGAAUACAUAAUAAAAAUGAAGAAAGAGUUUGAAGAAAGAAAAAGAAUUAGAAAAGAAGAGUGGGAGAGAAAAAACAGUGAGUACUAUAAAAGAGAAGAUGUCAGGCAGAGAAUAAAGAGACUAAAAGAGGAAAUUGAGAGAGAAAGACAGGAAGAGAUCAAGAGAAGAGAGAAAGAAGACAGAGACAGAAGAGAGAAAGAAGAACGAGAGCGUGAGGAAAUGAAAAAGAACUACGAGAAGAAAGAGCUGGACAUGAAGAGCAAAUAUGAAGAUGAGGCUAGAAGACAAGCUGAGCAAUUUAAUGAUGUUAAAGCUCAGUUGGAAAAACACAUAGAGGAGCUGAUUACUAAACACCAGAAGGAUUCCGAACUUCUCACUGAUCUGUACCGCGGUUUACAGAAGGAAUAUGCUGAGCUUAAACAGAGCAAGGAGGAGACGGAGCGUGAAUUACGUGCUGAGGGUGAAUCACCUGAUCCUGGGAGUCUAAGAAUUGUUCUUAUCGGAAAAAAAGGAAAUGGGAAAAGUGCAACAGGAAACACCAUCCUUGGAAGAAAAGAAUUUCAGUGUAGUGUCAGCAUGACCUCUGUGACAAAAAUUUGCCAUAAGGGAUUUGGAGAAGUUGAGGGCAAAUCCAUUGCUGUUGUUGAUACUCCAGGACUUUUUGACACCACAUUGUCGAAUAUAGAAACAACUGAAGAAAUAGUGAAAUGUAUCUCACUCUCUGCUCCUGGACCUCACGCCUUUAUCAUUGUGUUAAGUGUAGGAAGAAUCACACAGGAAGAGCUGGAGACCCUUAAUUUGAUCAAGAAAAUGUUUGGUACUGAUGCUGCAAAGUACACCAUAGUGCUGUUUACAUACGGAGAUGAUCUGGAAGAUCAGACUUUUGAAGAAUAUAUCAAAAACAGCAAUCACAAAAGCAUAGAUAAACUAAUCAGGGACUGUGGUGGAAGAGUUCACAUGUUCAAUAAUAAAGAAAAGAACGAUCGUACACAAGUCUGUGAUCUUAUCAGAAUGAUAGAAGGAAUGAUAAAGUCUGACAGAAACAAUUACUUUACAAACGAGAUGUUUGAGGCGGCAGAAAAUUCCAUCCAGCAGAAACAACAAGAAAUACUGAAAGAGAAGGAGGAACAGAUGCAGGCUGAAAAAGAUGUUCUGAGAUACAAAUAUGAAGAAGAACUGGAGAAGAUAAGGAAGAGUAUGGAGACAGAGAAAGAAAAGUUGGAACAGGAGAGACAUGAAAGAGAAAAAGUGUUUAAGGAAAGGGAAAAAGCUCUGAGGCGAGAGUUUGAGAAAAAAGAAGAAGAAGAAAAGGAGAAACGGAGGCUAGAGGAUCAGAGAACAUCAGAAGAGGAUGAACGACAAAAGGCAGAGAAUGAUCGCAUGUUGGAGGAGAUGAGGAAGGAAAUGGAAAACCAAAAUACAACAUUUCUCAAGCAGCAAGCUGAAAAAGACGAGGAGGACCAGAGGAGAACAGGAAGAGAAAAAAUCGAGAGGGAACGUUUUGAACGUGAACAAAAACAAGCAAUGGAGAAACUACAAAUCAGACAACAAGAAGAGAUUAAAAAGAGAGACGAGGAGGAACAAAAGAGAAGAAAAGAACAAGAAGAAGAACAGGAAAACUGGAGGAGGAAAAUAAAGGAGGCAGAAAAUGAUAAAAAAGAGAUAAAAGACGAUAUUAAGAGAAAACUGAGAGAACAUGAGAUUAAAUGGAAAAAGAGGAUGAGAGAAAGAGAAGAAGAACACAAGAGAACAAAAGAGAAACAUGAUAAAGAAGUAAAAGAACAGGAAGAAAAACAAGAACAAAUAAAAAGAAACUUUGAGAAGGAAAGAGAAGAUGAAAUACAUAAAAGAGAAGAGGAAAGAGAACAGUGGAAAGAAGCAGAAAGAAGAGGAAGAGAGCAGAGAGAGCGAGAGUAUGAGGAAUACAAACUAAAAAUGAAGAAAGAGUAUGAAGAACGAGAAACAAUUAAAAAAGAAAAGUGGGAGAGAAGAACCAGUGAGGACAAUGAGAGAAGAGAAGAAGUCAGACAGAGGAUAAAGAGACUAAAAGAUGAAAUUGAGAGAGAAAGACAAGAAGAGAUCAAGAGAAGAGAGAAAGAAGACAGAGACAGAAGAGAGAAAGAAGAACGAGAGCGUGAGGAAAUGAAAAAGAACUACGAGAAGAAAGAGCUGGACAUGAAGAGCAAAUAUGAAGAUGAGGCUAGAAGACAAGCUGAGCAAUUUAAUGAUGCUGAAGCUCAGUUAAAAAACGCAUAGAGGAGCUGAUUACCAAGUACCAGAAGGAUUCCGAACUUCUUGAUGAGCUGCACCGCGGUACACAGAAAAAAUAUGAUGAACUUAAAAAGAGCAAGGAGGAAACAGAGCGUGAAUUACAUAAGGAGAAAGAUGAGCUUAAAAAAAAGCACAUGUACUAUCCUCUAAAAACAACUGCUUCUGUAUGGGUAUUAUUGUCUUGAUAUUUAGAUUUCAACAAC